AGCGAAGGUCCCAGAGAGAGAGAAAGAGAGAGAGAGAGAGAGAAAUCCGAAAGGAGAUGGCUUCUUCUAUCCUCGCAGAGGUAGCAGCGAAGGUCGGCCCAGCCAUACGACGACAAGCCCUCACCCUAACGGACACCGCAGCCUCUAGAUUACGCCAGCUGCUACAACAGCGUCAGCGCCCAUUCCUCAAGCUUGGUGUCAAGGCUCGUGGUUGCAACGGCUUAUCCUACACCCUCAAUUAUGCAGAUGAAAAAGGGAAGUUCGAUGAAUUGGUUGAGGAGAAAGGAGUCAAGAUAUUGAUUGAUCCAAAGGCACUCAUGCAUGUCAUUGGGACCAAAAUGGAUUUUGUAGAUGACAAAAUCAAGUCUGAGUUUAUAUUUAUCAAUCCGAACUCUAAAGGGCAAUGUGGGUGUGGAGAAUCCUUUAUGACUACUAACAGUACUGAAGCUACCAAGAGGGGUGGUGUUUAAUGGCAGUUUAAGUUAUGAAGCUCUGAUUAAGUUUUGAGCACCAUUGGUUCAUCUAGUAAGAACUCUAUGGGAGGGCCAAAAGGAUCAUGAGCUGAAGCAUCAUUGUGAUUGGUUUUUGUGCACCUACUAAAGCUGAGUUCUACAAUAAUUCUUUAUUCUUCUCAUUGGUUAACAAAAAGAAAAAUGUCCUUAUAACAUAUCAAAAAGCUGUACUGAGUCGAGUAGUUGUGUUUUUUUAUGCCUUUAUCUUCCUCUUUCUAACAUGUACAAUUAUUUUACAAAUCUGUAUGAUUAAUAGAAUUGGAAAGAUACUAGGAACCUAAAUGAUGGUUGCAGAGAUGGAUGUGGAAUAGUAAAAUGACUGGCCAAAGCUUGCAGU